UUGUUUGUGCAUAGUGAUAAGAUGUUAAUGUUGUUCUUUUUGUAGAAUGAAGCUAAGAGCAAAUUUUGCCCACACAGCAGUUGAAAUGUCGCAGCUUAGUUUUAAAGUGGGUGAUUUAAUACAUCCUAUUAGUGAAGUGGUGUCGGGAUGGCAGUAUGGAGAAAACUUGAAAACUAACAGAUCUGGCUGGUUUCCAGCUGCGUAUACUGAGCAAGUUCUUGCUGUUACAACUGGUCCCACUGUAAGUCAUACAUUGCCUGCUAGUGGAUUGCAUCCUCGUCCUCCAUUAGAGACCAACGCUGGUCACAAGUCAUUAAAGCGUUAUUCAAGUGCAGGACCUGAUGCCAUGAAUUUCCCUCCUCCAGACUACCCUGGUGACUUGGAGAACAAUCCAGGAGCUAAUCAUUUGCCAUCUCUGGACACUCUUGAUCAAUCAGGUAGUUGACAACUCUACAGUUCGUAUAUGUCGGUAAUAGUUGAUUCUGUCAGCUGGUGUUUACCCAAUUAAUUUUUGAUCUCCAACACAAUUUCUUUUCAAACAUCAUUCUUAAAGCUGUAAAAGGGCUAAAACAGUCAUUCCCGUGUAGUCUAUUUCUUUGUUAAUGUUUACCCUCAUAUUUGCAGAAGUUAAGUUCUGGCUUGGACAAGCUUGGAGGUCAGCUUAUAAGACCAUAAACAGCUCCAGUCUGACAC